UGGCAGAUGUCGAAGGUGCCGAGGAGGCGGAGAGGUUUGUAUUGGGAUUUGCCGCGCUCGGAGAAUUAGUAGACGAUUGCCCCUUUGAGGAAUGGGUGAAGAAUUAUGGCGAUUAUGAGGCUGUCGGGUUCGUUCAAAAUCUGUCGUUAAUUGCGGCACGGUUGCACCCCGAGAAGGGCUCGAACCAAACUUGCGCGCUUCCGGUAGAAGAAUUUACCGAGUGUGAGGAUCCAGCCGCAUCAGGACGUGAUGUUGACCGUGGGGCCCCCGACGGAAGGACUGGGAGGGACCGUUAUAUCCAGGAUGCGCUGGAGGAGUGCCGGAUUGAAAAGGAAAACCUGGUAUCAUUGGAGGAGGUUGAU